UCUCGUUCACUGGAAGUUGAAAUGGCUGGAACUGUCUCUGCAUCCAUCAUUUCACCACCCAAAGUGAUCAAAACCGUCAAAGCGUUGACAGAAUCAGCUGCUCUCACUUCCCUUCCCUCCGCGUACGCCUUCAGUCAUCCUCAUGGUGAAGCAGUUUCAGAUCUAGACUCCGAUGAGUCCAUCCCCGUUAUCGAUUACUCUCUCCUCACCUCCGGUACUCCUGGUCAACGCUCCAAAAUUAUCGAGGACCUGGCCAAAGCCUGCCGGGACUGGGGCUUCUUCAUGGUGACGAAUCAUGGAGUCGAAGAGAGAUUAAUGGAGGAGAUGAUAGAAGCGUGCAAGGGAUUCUUCAAUCUGAGUGAGGAAGAGAAGCAGGAGUAUGCAGGAAAGCAUGUGCUGGACACAAUCAGGUGCGGCACGAGCAUGAAUGUUUCUGUGGAUCAAGUUCUCUUUUGGAGGGAUUACCUCAAGAUUUUUGUACAUCCUCAGUUUAAUUCCCCAAAUAAACCGCCAAAUUUCAGAGAGAUUGCAUCGGACUACACUAAAAGAGUGCGGGAAAUUCGAGAGCAACUGCUAAUAGGCAUAUGGGAAAGCUUGGGUCUAGACGGCCAUGACAUGAACAAGGCCUUGAAUAUAGAAAACGGCUUACUCAUUCUGGCUGCAAACCUAUAUCCACCAUGUCCGCAACCGGAGCUGGCAAUCGGGCUGCCACCGCAUUCUGAUCACGGCCUCUUGACUAUCCUGAUUCAAAACGGAAUCGGUGGCCUUCAACUCGAAUGCAAAGGCAAAUGGGUCAAUGUCAAUGCCAUCCCUAACUCCUUUUUGGUUAACAUCUGUGAUAAUCUUGAGAUUUUGAGCAACGGAAAGUACAAGAGCGUGGUCCAUCGAGCAUUAGUAAACAACAGAAGUACAAGGAUUUCCAUAGCCAUGGCAAAUGGACCUGCACUUGAUACAGUUGUGAGUCCAAUAGCAGAGUUGGUUGAGAAGGAAGGUCAAUCACCAGCUUAUUUUGGAAUCAAGUACAGAGACUAUUUGGAAUUGCAGCAGAGUAACAAGCUCGACCGGAAAUCUUGUCUGGAUCGAGUCAGAAUUCAACCCUGUUAAUCAUUAUUAAUAACUAAUGCUUGACUGUAAAUGUGUCAACUUUAAACUGGUUAGAAAAAAAAAAUAAAGUAACUUCUUGACUGCGAGAUCAAGAGAGGCGGAGCAACAACUUAGAAACUUCA